AUGUGCAACUGCUUUCCCCCGUUAUCUGCUCAAUGCCGUGACAGCAAAAAGAGUCACACGCCAUCUGGCCUCAGCGUCGGCCCGAUGGCUGCUGUUGCACACGCCAAGGACGCCGCCAGCGUCACCGUCGAGCUCGCGGACGAGGCGCGCGUCCGCGUCCAGGCCUGCAGCGACUGGAUCAUCGACUCGGUGGCAAACGGCGGUGACAUCUACGGCGUCACCACGGGCUUCGGUGACAUCUACGAAGGAAAAUGCAGACAAUAA